UACCAGGUGGGCAUGACGGUGACCCGAGCCCUAAAGGAGGAAUUUAGAGGUCCACUGGGGCCAGAGAGAAGAUUGAUCUGCUGGGGGACUUGAAACUAAUAUGUGACAGACUGGUGCUUUUAAAGAAGAGUUCUCUGUUAAUAUCGUGUGCUCUUGCCAGGCACCCUUGCUUUAUUUUCUCUGUCUCACGUGGAACAUCUCUAACCCACUGUGGCUAUAAAUAGUUCCAGAUAUCCCUUGAUUUGCUCCAGUAACAAACCCUGGCUGUGCUUUGAGUGAAAAACUUUGACGUGGUUGAGGUUUUCACCCUUCAGCCCUGCACUCAACUGAGAUUCAUCCUGAGGGAACAUAACCCUGCUGCUUCACUGACCGGCUGGAAAGAGUGGCUCAUGCAGCCCCCUUCGUGCCUGUGGUGCCCACCCUGAGGCAGGGCAGGGCAAGGGAAGCAGCAGGACUCGUUUGUGCUCCCCCGAGCUCGCCCAAGGGAACAGGAUGGAUGGCAGGGAGCGAUACCAUAAGCUGGUUCCAGUAGCGUCCUAGUUUCUUCUUUAAAGAGAAGCUCCAGUAUCAAGGAGGCUGAAAAGCCAAAAAAAACCCCAAAAUGGAAGGAGGAAACAGCCCCAGUCUGCAGCUUCAGCAGCUCCCGUUGGCCACAGCAGCGGUUUCUGUGCAGCCACACACAGACUCCUUCUCCUACAAGGAGAACUUGAUUGGGGCACUUCUGGCUAUUUUUGGGCACCUUGUCAGCAGCAUUGCCCUCAACCUCCAGAAAUACAGCCACAUCAGGCUGGCAGGCUCCAAAGACCCCCGGGCCUACUUCAGAACCAAGACCUGGUGGAGUGGAUUGUUGCUGCUGGUCCUGGGAGAACUGGGAGUGUUUUCCUCCUACGCCUUUGCUCCUCUCUCCCUGAUUGUGCCCCUCAGUGCGGUCUCUGUUGUGGCUAGUGCAAUCAUAGGAAUUAUAUUUAUUAAAGAAAAAUGGAAGCCCAAGGAAUUUUUGAGGCGCUACGUGCUGUCCUUUGUAGGCUGUGGCCUGGCAGUCGUUGGCACUUACCUGCUGGUGACAUUUGGACCCAACAGCCACGAGAAGAUGACAGCAGAGAACAUCACCAGGCAUUUAGUGAGCUGGCCAUUCCUGCUCUACAUGCUUGUGGAGAUCAUUGUUUUCUGUCUGCUCCUGUACUUUUACAAGGAGAGAAAUGCAAACUACAUUGUCAUUAUUCUCCUGCUGGUGGCUUUGCUGGGCUCCAUGACCGUGGUGACAGUGAAGGCCGUGGCUGGGAUGAUCCUGGUGUCCAUCCAGGGAACCCUGCAGCUGGACUCCCCCAUCUUCUACAUUAUGUUGGUGUGCAUGAUUGCCACUGCCAUCUACCAGGCCACGUUUUUAGCUCAAGCCUCCCAGCUCUAUGACUCAGCUCAGAUCUCCAGCAUUGGCUACAUCCUAUCCACCACAGCAGCAAUCUCAGCAGGAGCGACAUUUUACCUGGAUUUCAUGGGUGAAGAUGUUCUCCACAUUUGUAUGUUUGCACUGGGGUGCCUCGUAGCAUUCCUGGGAGUCUUCCUGAUCACGAGGAAUAGGAAGAAGCCUGUCCCCUUUGAGCCCUACAUCUCGAUGGACGCCAUGCCAGGCAUGCAGAACAUGCACGACAAAGGGAUUGCAGUGCAGCCUGACCUCAAAGCCUCUUUCUCCUACGGCGCCCUGGAGAACAACGACAGCAUGCCAGAAAUCUACACUCCAGCCACGCUGCCCAUCGUGCAGGAGCAGCACGGACCCAGAGGAGUCUCUGCCCCUCCCUACAGGGUGCUGGAGCACAGCAAGAAGGAGUGAGUGACCUUCAAGGACUGAUCAGAGUCCUCAGGAGGCUGACCUUUAUUUAUUUACCUGUUCAAGUAGAAGCAAGCAUAAAGCCGACCUUGAGAAGAGUUUCAAGCUGAACUUUCCAGGCUGAUUAUUAAAAUAAACAACUCUUUCUGGUGGGGAGGUUGAAAGCAUUUGGCAGGAGGCAGAUCCCAGUGCUGCGUGGAAUUCUGCUGGCUGGGAGUGUGGAGUGAUGGAAUGGUGAGUGCAGCACUGUGGAACUGAUGAGAGAGGAGAUGCUGUGCAAGAGAAGUGACUGUGCAGUUUUCAGCCCUGCUGGGAGUGGUUUUAUCUCCAGACAAGUUUUCAGGAGCAGCUCACAGAGAGAGGAGGAGAGGAUUUAAUCUUUCAUUUACAGGACUGUGACAGAUUUCCAGGAAGGCUCUAAAUCCUGGUGUGACCACAGGGCUCCCCUGACACAGCAAUAAAUGGAACUGUUCUGGAGCACCGACACUGGAACUCUCUGUGUCUUUAGAGCAGCAGAAUGGGUGAGAGUCAACGCUUUAUCCCUUCAAACCACGGAUUUUGGGCACUUCUGUUCUGGUGUUGAACACAAACACUGAGGAUGGGGGUUGUUUUUAGAGCACCACUGGAUUAUACGGCUUAGAACAAAGAUUAUUUUCCAGUUUUCUGAUUUCAUAGCCGGAGCUUCAAGUUGGAUUAAAUGGUGCAGAGGGAGCACUGUAAAGGAUGAGGACAAGGAGAAAUGAGAAUGAAGAGACAGAAUCUGGUGGGGAAUUUAUGUACUUCUAGACAAAAUCUGAAUUCUUUGUCAUGUUUAUUUAUUUUCUUUCUGAUUGAGGUAGGAUUUCCAACUUUAGUGGUCCCAACUAUUUAAAGGUGUUGAAGUUCCUUAGUUCAAAAGUUUUAGUUUAGGUGAUGUUAAGCUGGGGUCCUCCCCUUUUUUUUCUUUUAAGAAAAGGAAAAACAAUAUUUGUCUACUACUGUGGAUGACCUGAGGAGAGAAGUUGCUCAGCCCAGCACUCACUGAGGCCUGUGAGGAUAAUGGAGCUUUGUGUACUUUGAUAUUUAUCUUUCCAGCUUCCAGGAGAUGGCCAGGAGCUGAUACUGAGGGAGAAUGGACACAGGGGAAAAUGGGGAACUGUCAAGUGAGGAGGACAAAGUACAACCUUCACUGCUUACCCUGGCACUUCAAUAGCACUGGCUGCUCUAAAAUUUGGGUUCUCUGCUGGGAAACUGAAUUUUAAGACCACUCAGUGUGGCUUGGGCUGUCUGCACAGUGGAAUCUCCAGGAGCCUGGAACUUUAUUUGAAAGGAAUAGUGCUCACGUUCUGUGUAUUUUAAGUGAUUCCCCCAAUACCAGGGAGUUUGGGAUUGUCUUAGAUUUGGAACCGUGUCUUUCUGCAUUUAUUUAUUUUUAUUUGUUAAAUUGACUCACGGCCAGUUUUUGUUCCCGUUGCCAGGAAUUCCCAACAACUCCCAACUUGUACAUGAUUAUUCCAGGUUCUUGUUGUAAAUGACAACAGAAUUGCUCCUUUGCAUUUGUUUGCUUUGCCAGCUCUGCAGACCGAUUCAAGCUGGGAGUACUUUGGAUUGCUUUGGCAUUUUUGUGCAGCUUAGAGAAAUUAACCUUCCCCCUGCACGGGGCAGGUGCCCUGGGGCUGUACCCAGGUUUCUUCACCAGCUGGGCACAAUUCAGAUCUUAUCACCGGCAUCCCCUGCACUGGAACUUGGGGAACCUCAAGAAAUAACAGCUUUCCUUUCACCCUGAUACUUCGUUUGUGAUGAAGCAAGAUAAGGAUGUCAAUGGGCUCCUGCUGCCAGAGCAUUCAUCUUGCUGGGGUGCAGUGACACUGAUUUACUGCCUUUGGAUGUGGUCAUCGAUUGCUGGUGAAUUUACGGGCAGCUUUUGUUCAUUAACAAUGCAGAACGAAGCAGUGCAGGGAGGCUGAAUGGGAAGGGCACGGAACGCUGCCUUCCCUUAUCUCUUCACUUUUAAUCAACCUGUUCUGACCCCUUGGUUCUGCAGCCACAGAACACGGAGUCUAAAACAAGCUGUGCUACACUACCCACUUGUUCCACGGCAGUAUUCUCUGUGGUUAAUUAGGUGGUAUGAAAUAAUUCAUCAGAAGGGCCUAAAUGUUUGGCUGCUGACACCCAGAUCGGGACGGUCCUGUGUGUGACACUGCAGCGCUCCCAGUCCUCAGCAGGUGGCUGGAGCACAGAAGUGCCCGGUGUGGGUUUUCCUCCUCAGCACAGGCCCUGACAUCCUGAGAGAUGGGCAGAGCUGCUCCCUGGCCUGGGUCAGGGGUGGUUCUGCUGUAAACUCCUCAAUUCUGACCUUGCUCCCUGCACGGAGCCCUCAGGUGUCUGUCAGCCCUUCUCUGAGUGAAACUGCCCCCAGCCACGAGCUGAGCUUUUGUGUUAUUGUGCGGCUUUGGCCCUUUCUUUCCAAAUGUUCUAAAGGCAAGUCUUGCCCCAAAGCUUUACAUAACCAUGUUUUAUUUACACAGUCUCUGUGUGCUCAAAUAAUUCUACUUAAUAAUGACAGUUCCCUUUACCUGCAGCCACAGGGAAAUCUCCCUUUGUUUGCUUCUGGAAACUUCCUGCCAAAGACCUCCACUGGAUGUGGUGUGUGUUUCCACAGCACAUAAAUCACAAUAUUUUUGAUUAUUGUGCCACAGCAGCGGAGCCUGAGAUGUUCCUUGGGCCGUGGGCCUCAGCUCCAUGGCUGAUGUAGGGGUAGGACUGAGGGACUGCACCUCACUCCUGUUUGCUGCUGCUGUUCAACACUGGAAUCUUAAAAUGGAGUUGGUUUUGUUUGAUUUUAUUUAUUUUAUGUAUUCUCUUCUUUCUUGCUUUUUCUCCCAGUCUUCCAAAAAAUGUUAUUCUCUGCUCUUCAUCCUAAGAAAAGGCAUGAGCAGGGCCCAGAGAAACCAAGUAUCUUGUUUAAACUUGACUGAAGGACUUAUGUGUUCUUUCUGGCUCUUUCAGGAGUGAAUUAAACUCCUCACCUCCCUUCUAGUCCAGAGAAACUGAAACAGGAAGGGUUUUGCACCCUCAGACAGAGCUUUUCACAGAAUAUUUGUUAGUCUGAGGUGACAGUAGCUGUGCCUGGGAUUACAGCAGGUAUUUACAGCUGGGCAGCACAGAAAGCUUUAAAGGAGAGGAGCCCUGUGCCACAGUCCAGGGUGGAAAAUUAUUUAAGUGUUGCAGAGCAUGCUGUGAUCUGUGAAUGUCAGGGCUCGUGCAGGACCCUGCACAUGGCCCAGCACCCCCAGAUUCCAAAUGGAAGGGAUUUCUCAGCACCAGAGCUGUUCCAGCACUCUGGUGAAGGAGCAGCUCCUUGUGUUCAUCCCUUGGCUUUCUUACCCAGUGUGAACUGACAUCUGCCUCCACCCUGUGUGGCUUCUCGAUGCACCAGAGCACUUAACACAUCCUCAGUGUGUAUUUUAUGUGUAACUUAACUCUGUGGAGCACAGCUGAAUGUAUAAAAUUACCUACCUGCAACGUUCUCCUGUUCACCUUAAAAUGUGUAAAUAAAUCAAGCUUUACACUCUUGCACUAUAAAGGACAACUGCUUCAUUUUUCACAGGCAAUGUUGCAUGUCUGUUUAAUUCUAUUUGUCUUUCUGCUGAGACAAAUGAAACCAAACUUUGAAUAAAAGAUUGUGGUAAAACCUA